CUUUUGCCCAACAUGCCUCUCGAAGUGGACUCUUCUUCCCGUGAUGCGCUGCGCCCGGUUAAGGGAGCCGACAGGAGGCGCCUCCCAUCAGGGCGCGAAUGCCACAAGCCACGAACAAGAAUUGCCCGGCCGUGCUGGGCCUCCGGCAGCGAAAAACACUCAGACUGGCGAGUGUUCCUGUCUUGGCUCCCUCCGCCCGCGCGACGAGUCCAAGGCGGUUCUGGAGCCCCCUCGCCUUCGUCACUUUCCUUAGCUUUGCUACGCGCUUCUACCGGCUGCGGGAGCCGCCGCACAUCUGCUGGGAUGAAACACAUUUUGGAAAGAUGGGGAGUUAUUAUAUUAACCGGACAUUUUUCUUUGAUGUCCAUCCACCUUUGGGGAAGAUGUUAAUAGGACUUGCUGGCUAUCUGAGUGGUUAUGAUGGGACUUUUCCUUUCCAGAAGCCUGGGGACAAAUAUGAACAUCAUAACUAUAUAGGAAUGAGAGCGUUCUGUGCCUUCCUUGGUUCAUGUUUGAUCCCCUUCUGCUACCUCACAGUGCUGGAGCUGUCCAGAUCAUUGCCUGCAGCAGUAAUCACUGCUACCAUCCUGAUUUUUGACACUGGCUUCAUUACAAUCUCACAGUACAUUCUUCUUGACCCCAUUUUGAUGUUCUUCCUUAUGGGAGCUGUACUCAGUAUGGUUAAAUAUAAUUGCUAUUCUGAUAGGUCUUUUACUGCUCCCUGGUGGUUCUGGCUGUGUUUGACUGGGGUGAACCUCGCUGGUGCAAUGGGGGUGAAAUUUGUUGGCCUUUUUGUUGUCCUUCUGGUUGGCCUGAAUACUAUCUCUGAACUUUGGGAGUUAUUGGGAGACCUUAGUCUAUCACUGGUCACACUGGGAAAGCACUUCUUAGCUCGUGCACUUUGCCUCAUUGUACUGCCUCUUGUCCUCUACACAGCUCUUUUUGCAGUGCAUUUUGCAGUGUUAAACAGAAGUGGACCUGGUGAUGGUUUUUUCAGCUCUGGAUUUCAAUCCCGACUCAUUGGAAACAAUCUUCAUAAUGUUUCUGUUCCAGAAUAUGUAGCAUAUGGCUCUGUGAUAACACUGAAGAACCUUCGCAUGGCAGGAGGAUACCUUCACUCCCACUGGCACCUGUAUCCUGAAGGAGUGGGAGCAAGGCAGCAGCAGGUCACUGCAUAUUUACACAAAGACUUAAAUAAUUUAUGGAUUAUAAGGAAACAUAACUUGAAUAGAGAUUAUUCAGACUCUUCCUUCCCUGUGGAGUUUGUGAAACAUGGAGAUAUUAUCCGUCUGGAACACAAAGAGACAUCAAGAAAUCUACAUAGUCAUCAACAUGAGGCCCCCUUGACAAGGAAACAUCUUCAAGUCACUGGAUAUGGCAUUAAUGGAUCUGGAGACUCCAAUGAUUUCUGGCGAAUUGAAGUUGUAGGAAGAAAGGAUGGGAAACGUAUCAAAGUCCUGCGAAGUCAAAUACGAUUGGUUCAUCUAGCAACGACCUGUAUCUUGGGUUCGACGGGAAAGACACUACCCAAAUGGGGCUGGGAACAAGUGGAAGUCACUUGCACUCCAUAUCAGAAGGAGACUCCAAAUACACUUUGGAAUAUUGAAGAGCACAUUAAUUCCAGAUUGCCCAAUAUCAGUUUGGAUGUUUUGAAACCUUCCUUUCCAGAAAUACUGCUGGAAUCUCACAUCGUUAUGAUUCGAGGAAAUAGUGGCCUUAAACCAAAGGAGAAUGAAGUCACAUCAAAACCUUGGCAUUGGCCAAUCAAUUACCAGGGUCUGCGUUUUUCUGGUGUCAAUGAAACAGACUAUAGGGUUUAUUUGCUGGGAAACCCGGUGAUUUGGUGGGUGAGUCUAAUUGCUAUUGGAUUAUAUCUUAUGAUGAUAAUAUUUAUAUCUGUGGCUGUGAAGCGAGGAGUUCAACUAACAGCUGAACACAAAGAGCUUGCUCGAGUUUUGCAGCAUGGUGGGGGAAGGAUUAUCCUGGGAUGGUUUCUCCAUUAUUUUCCUUUCUUCCUGAUGGGCAGAGUGCUCUAUUUCCAUCAUUACUUUCCUGCCAUGCUUUUCUCCAUCAUGUUGACAGGGAUUACGUGGGAUGUAUUCCUGAAAUUCUGUGCUUGGUUUUUUUCAAGCAGCAUCCAAGCUGGGAAGAUUUAUAACUAUGGAAUAGCAGUGUUGGUUGUGCUCAGUGUGUACAGCUUUUACCUCUUCCAUCCUCUGUCUUAUGGAAUGACGGGACCUCUGGCUUCUGAUCCCAGCAGCUCAAUGGCAGGCCUUAAAUGGCUGGAAACAUGGGAGUUUUAGAUCCAGCUCAAUUUUUUUUUAAAAAAAGGAAGGAUUAAAAUAGAACAAUAGAUGUGGUCAAACAUUUCUAUCCAUUUGAUGAUGGCUAUGAAGAAUCUUCUCUUAAACAUUUCUUAGUGGAGACCGUGAACUAUUGAAGGAGGAGGCGACAGUGUGGGAGAACUUCUGACAGAAAGGUCCAUUGCUCCAGUCAUUUGAGCCAGCUGCUACUUUAAAGUUUGAACCAUCCAAGCAAUACUUAAAACACUCAUGCUGUCUUAUCAAGACAAUCUACAGCAAUGUCAUAAUGUGUGAUUUUGAGGAUGCAUGUGUUUCAAAAAGAUGUAGAGUAUGCAGUCUAUCUCUGUUCAAGUGUGACAUGACAACGGGGAAUAUCAACUGUGUUUUUAAAAAAUGGUCUUUUGCAAAUGGGAUAAUUCAGAACAAAUAAUUUAUGAUGUUUUUAAAGGGAAAUUGUCUCUCUGUGUGUACACAUCUAUACCCUCAAGAGUCCUCUCUUUCUUGCUUUGAUCUUAAAUAAUUGGACUUAAAUGCUUCAGUUGUUUGAAGCAUUAGAGGUUUCUGUGCAUUCUUUUCUUCUAAGACAAAACGCAACAUGUUAUUUCUAUUUUUGCAUAAUACUUCUGUCUCUCAGCACUAGCUACUAGUUGCAGUUAAGAAAAUCUUACAACUACCUAGCAGACUCAUAGAAUUAUUAAAUUAUAAAAUUCCCGUCAUGACACCACUAUUCUGAUUUUUUAGAGAGGUGAUGUUAACUUUUUGGUCUCAAGCUCUAAAUUCCUCUGAUAUGCCUUUUGAGCAAGGUUGCAAAAUGAAGAGAUUACAUAAUAGCUUAGAGCAUUUGCUAAUGCUGACAUUGAUCCAAUUUAUUCCAUCACCUGAGAGAAAGCUGACGUGAAUGAAUGUAGGUUGUGCAAAAUAAGUGGUAAUACUGGGUUAUUCUUUGUUAAAGACAUACAUUAUUUUGAGAAGUCUUCCUAUACUAAGCCAUCUGAAGAAAGAUUUUGUAGUUUCAGGGCAACUUUAUAAUAGAACUAAACUCUUCAGCUGGACAGGAAGAAUGUUUGUGAUUGCAUGUGAAAGUAACUCUGAAAAACAAUUUAACUGAAAAACAUUUCACUCUCAGUUAUUGUGCACCAGGAUUUUUUAAAGAAUGAAUUUGGUUUCAGCUCUAGUUACAUUGAUCAUCCAUGUACAGAUUACUGAGAUAUUCCAGUAAUUCACUUUAGCAUGCAUAUGAAAUUUUGAAGCCUCCCAAAUUCUAUUUUCCACAUCACUCUUCAUUUAUUGGCUAUCUUGGUUGGCACAGAGACUGCUAAUAUCCCCAUGAUGUGAUUAUGUUGAGUAAAGUUUAGAUGUUCCAAUCCAAAAAACAAAGGAAAUACAGUCUGUCUUAAUCUAAUAAUUGUCACAGUGCAUUUGAGUUGUGUUUGGUUUCAAAUCUUAUCAUUUGCAGCCUUCCGAAAACCAACACCCUCCAAAUAUGCUGGGAUUACAACUGGGAUUACACAAACACAGCCAAUCCCUAUGAUAUUUGGGAUCCAUGGGUCAACUGAGAAAGCAAGUUGAGAAAGGCUACUCUAGAUAAUAAUAAAAAGUCACAGGUUUAUUUUAUGUGACUUAUGGAGCAUUGUAGGAAAUCAUUGUAACAGUUGGUAUAUUUCCUAUGGCAGGAAUCCAUCUAUUAUUUGGUGAUGAGAGUCCUCAUAAAAUGGUUCUGAACUAUUUAUGUUAUAUGGUAUGUGUGCUGUAUAACAUGAAUAGAAUGAUUAGAAUGUACUUGGCUUUUUAAAGGAGUGCAGCCUUUUUAUUAACUAAAAUUAUAUUGUGCAAAAUAGUAUUAUAGCAAGGCUGAUGGACCCUUUUCUUCUGGAUUCUGCAGUACUCCGGGGGACAAUUGUUCAGUGUAGUCUUGCCUGAUGUUCUGAUCAUUCAGCACAUACGUGCUGUGGCUAAAAGGCAGCAUUGCAUGGAACAUUUUUUUUGAACCUGUAUUCAGUAGUUCCUUUUGAAUUUGAUGCAAUAAGACUAGUUUACCAUUGUGCAAAGAGAGAUAUCUGAUCUGGCAUUAACUGCUGUCUUUCCCAGCAUAAUGUCAUUAACUUCAAUAUUGCAGGCUAGCACUGGGUGGCCUCUUGCCUGUAUGAAGAUAGUCCCCCUUAGCUCUUCUACCAAUGCACUGCAAGUACUCGGUUUCUAUGGGAAGGAGUAAUUCUAAGUGAAUGUGCCUUAGUUCAGUAUGUUGUACUUGUGAUGCAUUAAUACAUGCUUACGUCUCGACUGUAGUGUGCCUUUCCACACACCUGUUAUUGGUUUUCUUGUACUUUGAAAUCCUACUUUAUUGAUUUUUUUCUUUUACUGCAUAUAAUUAACUAACAUCAUUCAUUCCUUGUUCUGAAGCCUUUUUCUUUUUAGGAAAAGAAAUAUUGUACUAAAUAUUGUACUAAAAGAAGUAUGCAGACCAAAGAAUGAGUUGGCUGCAAAAUCUCAUUUGAAGUAGGCCAUUGUGAUUUUGCAAAAUAUUUCAAUUAUUUCAUAGUGUUCAGUUUCACUGCUCUUCCAAUGUUUGUAUCAUUCACUUUCCUAUUAGUUACUAAAACCAUAUGGCUCCUACAAUUGUCUCUCGUCUUCACCUUUGUGGUCUUGAUGGAACACAGAGCACUUUACCAUGAUUGAAGGCAUGACUAAAUAAAACUUUUUGUUUUGAGUCCUUGAA